AUGGGGUGGUGGUGUUGGGCCCUGAUGCUGGUUUUAGUCUCCUGGCAUAGUAGAAACCUUAGCUUGUGGCUGUGGGUCUUGAUGUCCUGCCUCCCUGAGGUUAACCCCUGCCUGCUCUGCUUUGGGCCCCCUAUUCAGCGGGCACGGCUUUGCCAUGAGAUUACUGGGGCCUUUGUCGAUGAGCUCAGACAUAAAAAAUGCAUUGAGGCCAUUGUUGAGGCUUCUAAACCACUUGCCUCUGUCACUGUAGCAUCAGGACAGCGUGAGGAGCUUCGGGAGAUCGUCAUGGAUGCCAUGUAUUCUCUAGAGGAGCGAUGGAAGAAGUCCCUGAACAAGUCUCUGCAGGAAGCUGUCAACAGAAUCUGGAAGAAGCUGAGCGAGCUGGAAAAAGUUCCAGCCUGUGUCCCACCCUGUGGAUUCCAGCCAGCUGCCCGUGUGUUCCAGUGUGCUACCUGCCGCUUCGUGGACUGUCAGUUUGCCCUGGACUGCCCAGUGCAGGACCUGUGGACCUACACAGAUGAAACCAUCGUGCUGCGCUGCACUGUGCCUUUCCACAUCCCGCCCGGCGUGCCUGUCACCUGGUUGUUUGCCCCAAAUCUGCGCACACAGGACAUGGCACUGUUCAAGGAGCUCAAGGGGAAUCCAGAGAAGCCCUUCAGUCUGACCAUUGAGGAACCUGCUCCAGGAACCGUUGCCUGUCGCCUGGGGGAGCAAACCAAGCCCAUUAUCCGCAAGUUCUUCUACCUCAAUGUGUCAGUGGGAAGCGUGGAGGAAGAGAAAGGACUGCAGACUCUGUUCAGCACUGUGCUGAAGUCGGAUGACAAGACACCUACCCACAUACCAUACCUGGGGCUGGCUCUGGGUUUUGGCUCCAUGGCAUUAGUUCUGCUACUUCUGCUUCCCCCAAAUACAGACCACUCUCCUGUUUCAUGCACCCCAGAACACACCAGCUGCUCCAAACCCUGCCCCACAGCAGUUCCCCUCCAUGGGGACCUUGGGGCUGCUCUGCUGCCCCACCCCAAGCCAGGCUGGGCUGGAGCAGAUUAA